AUGGUCGAGGAUGAGUCCAAGUUCAACAGUCCACUUCUUCAUCAGGCUGUCAUGCUGGCUGGAAGUGCUUUCAUUGCACAGGAAGUUGCCAUCGGAGCCGGGUUCUCUUCGCGAAAAGCAUUGAGAAGGACACUAUUCGAGAGGGCCAAACUCCUUUAUGAGUUCGAAACCGAAAACGACGCAUAUACCCAAAUCCAAGCGCUAUUACUCAUGACGCAUUGGCAUGGAAGUGAUGUUGGCCACAAAGACCCAAUCUACUGGUUUGAUCUCGCCUAUUCGACAGCAGAGCGUGUUGGUCUUCUCGGAAGUCUAGAGCUGGGAAGUUUCUCCCACAAGCACAGGCUAUGGUGGUGUCUCUAUGUUCGCGACCGUAUUUUAUCUCUUGGCUUCCGUCGCCCGUUACGGAUCCCCAAUAGCGAUGUCACAAUGUCGCUGUUGGAGUCGACGAAGUACUAUUCCUCUGAGCUAUAUCAUGAACUCGUUCUUCUCAUGCUGGGAGAAGCCUCUGCUAUGCUCAAGUGGGAGAAUCAAGAGCGGAUGAUGCUCCUAUUUAUCCAGGAGAUCAAGCUCGCCCACUGCGUUGGAGUAAUCGUGGAGUAUUUUUAUCACGACUUAUGGACGCAUUCACCAUCAGGAGAACCCGUGUAUAGCCUUGUUCCCAAGCCAGAGAUAUCACAAGAAGCCAUAGGUAGCUGUGAACAGCUUCUCAAAACUUGGAUGCAGAACCUGCCUCCCCUGGCACAUUACUUCCCCCCUUCGCUAAUGUGUGAUCUACACCCCGAGUCUACAGAACUUGUUCUCUUGGUUCACCAGGCUUUCUUGUAUCUCCUCCAUCUUAGUGCAAUGUCAAUUCUCUAUAUAGCCGCAUCAAAAGGGGGAGACGAACUCGACCACACUGCCAUGCCGGAGAUGAGAGGCUUGACAUCUCAAGUCAAUGAAACCCUCAGCGAGCUACAUGACUGUAGCAUGCUGCAUUUACUCCCUGGAAGUGCUGUCACCAUUAUUGGAAUUAUUCUCGAGGCCAGUCUUCCCGACCUCAAGGUCUCGGACAAGAUCGUGAGGCAGCAGGCUAUGUCGAAUUUGUACGCUUGCGAAGAAGCGGCGGGGCAUCUACUGCAGACAUAUCCCGCUGCGGAAAUUGUUAUUUCGAAAGUCCAGAAUGCUCGUGGGCAUCUUUUGGGUUUGGUUACGACGUGA